AUGUCGAAAGCCACGGUGGUCAAGGAGGCGGUCAAGGAGACGCUGCUGGGCUCGGACGAGCCGGCCCAGCUCUCGGCGCAGAGCAGGGCGCGCUUCAUCAGCAAUGCUGUCAAGGAUCCCGAGACGGGCGAGCUGUCCAUGGGGCCCGACGAGUUCAUCAACACCAUUGCGCCCAAGAACGAGGAUUACCACAAAAUCAAGCGGGAACAGUACUCGAUCCUAUUUCGCGUCGCCGAUAACAAGGGCGCUGGCAGGAUCAGCAUGACGGACUGGGGCGUCUUUGAGAACCUGCUCAUGAAGCCCGAUGCCGAGUACGAAAUCGCGUUCCGCCUCUUCGACAUUGACCGCACGGGCAGGGUCAAGUACGACGACUUCCGGCGGCUGUACGAGCUCAACAAGGGCCCCAACAGCACCCCCUUUGACUGGGACUGCGAAUGGGCCCGCCUGUACAUUGGCAGCAAGAAGAAGCGCCACGACCUGAGCUACCCCCAGUUCUCGCAGAUGCUGCGCGGCCUCCAGGGCGAGCGCAUCCGCCAGGCCUUUCAGCUCUUCGACAAGGACGGCGACGGCUACAUCAACCCCGAGGACUUUGAGCGCAUCAUCCUCGAGACGUCACGCCACAAGCUCUCGGACCACCUCCUCGAGAACCUGCACACGCUGUGCAACAUCUCCACCGGCAGCAAGAUCUCAUACGCCAACGUGCGCGCCUUCCAGAACAUGAUUAAGGAGAUGGAUCUGGUCGAGCUCAUCAUACGGCGCGCCGUGUCCAAGAGUAGCGACGGCAAGAUUACGAGGUCCGAGUUUGUCCAAGAGGCCGCCAAGAUCACCCGCUUUUCCCUCUUUACGCCGAUGGAGGCCGACAUCCUCUUCCACUUUGCCAGUCUGGACGAGCCAUCGGGCCGCCUGGGCCUGGGCGACUUUGCCAAGGUCCUGGACCCCUCGUGGCGAAGCCGGGUCUACGACACGGACGAGGCCGGGGACCUGCACCGGGCCGCCACCAAGAAGGGCGCUAUCCUGAACAAGGCCCUCGAGGCAACGCACAACUUUUUGCUGGGAAGUUUGGCCGGCGCGUUUGGCGCCUUCAUGGUGUAUCCCAUCGACCUGGUCAAGACGCGCCUACAGAACCAGCGAGGGGCGGUGCCCGGCCAGCGGCUGUACAAGAACUCGCUCGACUGCUUCCAAAAGGUCAUUCGCAACGAGGGCAUCCGCGGCCUAUACUCUGGCGUCUUGCCGCAACUCGUCGGCGUGGCGCCGGAAAAGGCAAUCAAGCUGACGGUCAACGACCUGGUCCGCAACUACUUUACCGACAAGCAAGGCAAGAUCUGGUGGGGGUCCGAGGUCCUGGCCGGUGCCAGCGCCGGUGGAUGCCAAGUCAUUUUCACGAACCCGCUGGAGAUUGUCAAGAUCCGCCUGCAGGUCCAGGGCGAGGUGGCCAAGACAGUCGAGGGCACGCCCAAGCGAUCAGCCAUGUGGAUCGUGCGCAACCUGGGGCUGGUCGGGCUGUACAAGGGGGCAUCGGCGUGCCUGCUCCGCGACGUGCCCUUUUCGGCCAUUUACUUCCCCACCUACAGCCACCUGAAGAGGGACUUUUUCGGCGAGUCGCCGGCCAAGAAGCUGGGCGUGCUGCAGCUGCUGACGGCCGGCGCGAUUGCGGGCAUGCCGGCGGCAUACCUGACGACGCCGUGCGACGUGAUCAAGACGCGUCUGCAGGUCGAGGCGCGCAAGGGCGAGGCGACGUACACAGGGCUGCGGCACGCGGCCAAGACCAUCUGGAAGGAGGAGGGCUUCACGGCCUUCUUCAAGGGCGGGCCGGCGCGGAUCCUGCGGUCGUCGCCGCAGUUUGGCUUCACGCUGGCGGCGUACGAGGUACUGCAGACGAUGCUGCCGAUGCCGGGCAAGAAGGCCGAGGUCAAGAUGCACACGGGCGUGGCGGACGCCAUGUCGACGAUUUCGUCGGGCAGCCUCGACACGAGCCCCUUUGCGCGCAGCCGGAACGCGCUCAAGAUCAUCCUGGACCUGGACCAGGACUUUGGCAAGAUCAAGAUGCCCAACGAAAAGGGGUGGCGGUCGCUGCCCAAGUUUAUCGGCGGCGGCGGCUCGGCAUAG